AGUGAAUGAGAGAGAGAGAGAGAGAGAGAGAGGACGGACGUAAUCAGGAUCAGCGGAAGACAGAAUCCAGGCUUCCAGUGGCAACCGAAAGCGCUUUAUAAGCACCUCAGAAAGCCUUCCAGCGGACAAGCACUGGAUUAAAAAACACGCUCUCUUGGUCUGCAUUGAAGAUCUCCAGGUGUCAUGUCUCGCGCGUAGUCUCUAGUCUCGAGCUCCAGUCCGAAAGCUGCUGUGAGAUUAAAGUUGAUCGCCACCCGGAGCCACGAUAAAGAUAUAACGUUUGUGUGUGUGUGUGUGUGUGUGUGUGUGUGUGAGCGAGCGAGCGCGCGCGCGCGCGCGUGCGUGCGUUAAAACCGGAGUGUGUUGGAAGAUGUUACGCGACUCGUGAGACUUGCACCUUUGUCACCCAUAACGACUUCGGCAAUAUAUUUUCCACAAAUGCUGUUCCUUCCCACUACAUUGGUCAGUUCCCAUUGGCCUUCAGUUUGCAGGUCCGAAAAUAAACCCAGACCCACGUCAGAGCCUCAUGAGUUUUCCUGAUGGCUGGAGAAAUCUGACCCAUUGUCACACAUCUGAAGACAAAAGGAAGUGAGUGGACAUUGUUCAUAGCCCACGUGGGGCUGAACAUAAAAGCAAAAAAAAAAAGGUAUCAUGUCUUCCAGAGAGCGCCGCUCAGAGCUGCACAUAAAGGCUGAGCCCAGCAGUCCGGAGGGCGGAGGCGGAGGCGGCGGCGGGAGGACGAGCCCCGGAGGCGUCUCAUCCGAUUCCUCUCAGAGCGGUGGAGGAGGCAUACGCGGGGAAGGAGCUGUACGCUACUCCUCACCUGUAUACAGCCCGGCACUUCGCUGCCACUUUAAAGAGGACGGAGGUGAUGGUGCAGACGAGGGCUCUACAGGUAGCAGCGGGGGGCGCUGUAAAUAUGCCCUGAGCACUCUUCCUAAGAGGCUUUGCCUCGUAUGUGGCGACGUGGCCUCCGGCUACCACUAUGGUGUGGCCUCCUGCGAAGCCUGCAAGGCGUUCUUCAAGAGAACUAUCCAAGGGAACAUUGAGUACAGCUGUCCAGCAUCCAACGUGUGUGAGAUCACCAAGAGACGCAGGAAGGCCUGCCAGGCAUGUCGCUUUACAAAGUGCCUCAAAGUGGGCAUGCUCAAAGAGGGAGUUCGUCUGGACCGGGUGAGAGGAGGCAGGCAGAAGUACAAGAGGCGACCAGAAGUGGAGAACGCUGUGUACCAGAGCACACCAAUACCUGUAAAGAAAGAAGGGGAAAGAGGCUCCCCCAGCAUCAUUGUGUCACAUCUACUGGUAGCCGAGCCUGAGAAGCUGUUCGCCAUGCCGGAUCCACUGCAGCCCGACACGGCUCAGCGCACCCUCACCACGCUGUGUGACCUCGCUGACCGCGAACUCGUCGUCAUCAUUGGCUGGGCCAAACAUGUCCCAGGCUUUCUUUCUCUGUCCCUGGCUGACCAGAUGUCUGUACUGCAGUCUGUAUGGUUGGAGGUGCUGGUGCUCGGGGUGGCGUAUCGCUCUCUGGGCUGCGAGGAUGAGGUGGUGUUCGCUGAAGACUUCGUGCUGGAUGAGGAGAUGUCACGUGUGGCUGGCUUGACGGAGCUCAAUGCAGCCAUCUGCCAGCUGGCACGUCGCUUUAGAGCCUUGCAGCUGGAGCGUGAGGAGUUUGUCAUGCUCAAGGCUAUCGCUCUUACUAACUCAGACUCGGUCUACAUAGAGGACAUUGAAGCCGUGCAAAAGCUGAGAGAUCUCCUGCACCAGGCUCUGUUAGAGCUGGUGGUGCAGCAGCGUCCAGAAGACCCGCAGCGUGCCGGCCGUCUUCUCCUCACGCUGCCCCUUCUCCGGCAAACAGCCAACCGCGCACUCAACACUUUCUACAGUAUCAAGACCCGUGGAGGGGUGCCCAUGCAUAAACUCUUCCUGGAGAUGCUGGAAGCCAUGAUGGACUCCCCUUAGAGUGAGCGAGUUGAAUACCGGGUCAGCAGAAAAAAAAAAAAAAGAAAGGAAGAAAGUAAUCUUGUCGGGCUUUUUUUGUUGUUUUUUUAAGAAGAAGAAACAUUUUCUAGCUUUUAAAAAGCAAGUGCAGUGACUGAAAGGCAAGUCAAAAGUCUCUCAUCAAAUAUCAUUCGUAGGUGAAAGCUUCGAUAUCGAGCAGCAGGACAGGUGAUCUCUUCGUUGGACUUAUUUCUCAUGUCACUCGAAAACAUUCACUCGAUUCGUGGAAUGAUUUUCCCCCAAAAAAUACAAGGAUACGAGUUAGUUAUCACACAGUUUCCUACUGAUUGCUUUAACAAGUGGGACCUUCCAUCAGUGUAACACUUAGGGGCUACAGCGGUGCGAUGGAGGUGAUGUUCAGGUGGUUUUCACACUGCGCAUGUUUGUAUCUGAGUUUCAGACCCACGUGAUCCUAGCGAACCCCGGUGCAUUUGCGUUCAACUUAUGGCAUCACAUGGAGAACACAACAAGACCGUUUGCUAGGUGCUAUCAUGCACAGUAAGUCUCCUCACCGCUUCCAUGUCCCACGACGUUUCCCUGCCACUCAUGGUACACGUAUGUUGUGGAAACUAAUCAUGUCAUGAUCAGCUAAAACUCAUGCACGGGAUCUGAAAACAAGUUCACGUUCACAGGAAUCACCGCACAGUUCCGGUGCAACCGAACUCGCAUCAUCUGCUAGGGGGUUAAUCCCGGGGUUUGCUUCCUGGUCCGAAUGACAGCUUUCACGUUAUCAGUUGUUCAUGCUCUGCUUCAGGCUAAACCUCCAGUGUGAAUGCCUCCUUAGUUCCUCCUUUAUGAAAUAACCAUCACCUGUAGUGCCCUCUUGUGAAACUAUAGCUAAGCCAUACGAAACACCACACCAAUACAGUAAUCCAUUAGGUGACCUCAUAAAGAGCCAUGUUUUAUCCUUUUAGCAGUCCCGUGUGUGUGUGUGAGCGUGUUUGUUUGUUUGUUUGUGUGUGUGCACGAGGGGACCGUUUCAUGUGCUAGUACUUGCUGUAACAUGUAGGUACUUUCUUGAUUUACCCAGAUUGUUUUGCGGUUUGAAUCAAAAUAUGCAAGACAUGUACAGGAAUGUUAGACCUACAGGGUGAACAGGGGACGUAGUAAAUUAGGAGUUACGUGUGACAGGAGCAGAAAUAUAGUACAUGCUAUAAACAUGCAAUAUAUUUUAAAGCAAUAUGUAUGAGAAGUGCAAGUCAUGCAUUUUUCCGUGCAGAGGGGGCGCUGUUGACUCGAGUCUUUUUAUUCCGUUUAAGUUCUCUAACGUCGUGGUACACAAAAGGGAAAUGCUGUCAAACAGGACUCCACUCUUCUUUACGCAGUAAUGCACUCUUUAUAUUUUAGCAGUCACUUCCACAGCCAGAGAAUCUUGAACUUUGUGUGUGUGUGUUUCUGUGCAGCGUGUGAGCGCACAGAUGCAUUGGUGCAUUUAGAUCAGGGUAAAAGAGCCACCUCGGGCCCUGUAAGGCCAGCUGGUUCUGUAUACGGAGUGUGCUGCUGUGCCGAGGACAGAAAAGACGUUGUUUUCUAAUCCACCCGAUCGAGCACGAACUGGCGCUCAAGCUCAAGGCUUCACCUGAUGUCACGAGUUCUCCACGUGACCGAUACAAUAUUAUACACUGGGAGCCCACACAGGAGACGGCACCGAGACCGAUCGCAGCCGUUCUGAAUCUUCCCUCUGAAAGACUGACGGGAUUCAGGAUCUAGAUGGAGUGAAACUUGAAUCCUCGUGACCGACGUAAGGCAUAAGACUUUCACUGUAUCGGAGCAACACUUGGUACAACAUGAAGAGCCUCACAAUAUAAUGUAUGUGUAAAAAUCCCUCACAGCCCAUGACCGUUCUCGGAACUUUUUAUGGAUGUCGUGUUGCUCACUGCUGUUUCCGAGCCGUUGUUUUCUUUGGGAGGGGGGGGGGUUGUGUGUGUUUGUUUUACAGACCUUUGUCUGGUAUUAUAUGCAAUCAUUUUCAGAGCCCUACAACUCUGCUACCUUUUUAUUUUUAUUAUUAUUAUUAUUAUUAUUAUUAUUCAUUUUUGCAUUUUAAAAACUCAACAGUAGGAAGAAAAGCCAACUUGCUGUCCAGGCCAAGGGAGAAUAAAGAAGAAAAUCGAACCACUAAAUCCAACAGAUUCAGACCUCUGAGAUUACAGUGUGUCUUCAGGGUGCUUUUCACUGUACGUUUCUAGUGACGAUUACGUGUGUGCAAGUUACGCCCGCAUCCCAUUACGCAGGCAAUUCUAGGCUGUGAUUUGGAUUUUUAUUUUAUUUUAUUUUUUCCGUAGACGAUUUCCAAUUAAAAGUAAGCUGAUCAUCUUGUAGGAAAACCCCCCAGCCCAAUGUGCCAUGGAUGCUCUAGUCUGGAGUUUCUUUUCCUCUCUUGUGGUCUGUCCAAGUUUGACUGACUUGAAACAUAUAGACUUUCCGCAUAUUACACAUGUCCUCAAACUUGGUACUAAAAUAAAGCAAUCUAGUUGAAUGUUGUAAAAUAUGACUUUUUAUUGUUUUGUUAUCGUUUUUUUUUCUCUCUUUGCAGUUUUGUCAUGGAGUGCUAAACUAUUGAAGAAUAACGAAAGCCAGGGAAAGAUAUAUGUUUUAAUGUGUUUGAAUGUUACCUAGAAAUAAUCAUAAUAAUGUUGCAGAUUUCAGGCAAUCGACGUGUGGCGUUAAACAUUUCCUCCUCCAUUUCCGGCACUCUCUCUCUCUCUCUCUCUCUCUCUCUCUCUUUCUUU